CUUGCAGAUAGUUGUUUUGAGUUCCAUAGGUUCUUCACCUGCGUUUGUUGAUGUUUAUGAGAUAGAAGGGCUAGUUCAUCCGCAAAGUUCAAGUCUAGUUGCAUGCAAUCUGUCCAUUGCAUUCCGUUUUUUCCCUCAAAUUGUGUAUGAUGCUGACGAUUUUCUCAGCUAUUCAAUCUAUAGUGUUGAAGAAGGUCCCUUAAUGUUCUCCUAUCCCCACCGUCAAACGCCUUCUCAUAGUCAAGGAAGUUGAUGUAUGGUGACGAGUACCAUUCAAUUAAUUGCUCAACGAUAAUCCAUAGUGUCGCGAUUUGGUCAGUGCACGACUGAUCCUUAUGGAAUCCGGUCUGUUGAUCUCGAAUUUGGGCGCCUACUGAGUUUUACAUUCGGUUCAGCAACACUGGUGAAAAGGUUUCCUGGUACUGAUAGUAGUAUGAUGCCUCUGUAGCUUUCGCAUUUGCUCAAAUAUCUUUUCUCUGAUAUAUCGCCCCCAAAUGCCCUGGUACGGCCGAGAUGGGAAGAGUCCGCUCUCCCUCUCGAAAUGCUCUCACAUGGCCAUGCGUAUAUAGCCUCUGCCAGGGAAGUCCUAAUCACUGCCUUCUCGUGGCGGGGGUGUUGUUUACAAAAGUGAGAGGACGAAAAGCGAAUGUCUGGCGCUUUAACCGGACCCCAAACCAAUGGUGCACAUGGGCUGGCUCCAGUAUCCUGCGGGAACAAAUGGCGUAUGAACCAAUCGUUGGUCACCGGCUACCAUGGGACUGCACCUCCUCACGAUGCUCCACUGCCUUGUGGGUCAGACGUUCAGGUCAAAGGCUCGGGGUGUGGCCCCCUAAGAAAACCACCUGCUUCGGUUUGGGCACCCGGGCAGUAUCACAGCCCUCACACAUCAAUUGAGAUUUGUGUGGCGCAUAUGUAUUUGGUGCCUCCCUGUACCUAUACUUAUGUGUUAAAAUAAAUAAAUAAAUAAUCUCUGAUAUAUAGAUGAAGUAUUCUUCUUCCCAGUUUGUCUGUCUUCCUGAAUAGAACUUGGAGCAUGUUUGCAGUUUCUUCUAUGUCUGACUUUAGUGCUUCGUCUAGUAUAUUGUCAGAUCCAUCUGAUUUCCUACUGUUGAUUUGUGUGAUGGCCGCAAUUAAUUUCUUCGAUCGUUGGUGGAGUGACAUCUAUAGGAAGGUCUGUAUACAUUGCUUCGAUAUCCGGUGAAUUCAAUAGAGCUGGUCUGUUCAGGAGUUCCUCAAAGUGUUCUACCCAAAUGUUCCCCUGUUCUUGAAUCUCGGUGAUUGGUUUGCCUUCUUUGUCCUUGACCGGUCUCUCUGAUUUGCUCAAUUCCCCUGCCAGUUUCUUCGUCGUGUGAUAUGGUUGUUUCAUACUUCUUUCUGUUACAUGUUUCCCGCUGUCGUUGCUAGAUGUUCGAAGUACUUCUGCUUGUCGGCUCUAAUGCUCUUCUUUACUUGCUUGUUUGCUUCUAUGUAUUCAGCUUGUGCCUUGACUUCCUCUGCUGUUGUUCGGCUGUUGUUAAUUGAUGUCUUGUUCUUCCUUCCUUUGAUCUUGUCCAGUGUUUCUAUGGAGAUCCAUUCCUUAUGAUAAUGUUUGUUGCGGCCCAGAACCUCUUGACACGUUGAAGUUAAUGCUUCUUUUAUCCCUUUCCAGUUGUCGUCCAUAGUAGUUUUUUCUUCUUUGAGUAGAUCCUGUAAGGCUUUUAACGUGUUGUUGAGAGUUAUCUUGAAUUCGUUGAGUUUGUUGUUAUCUGGAAGUAUGUAUUGAGCAUUUGUAUUGCUGUUUCCCCGGUUGUCCAGUGUUUCUUAGCUUCAGUUCCAUCUUGACAACCACUGGUUGUUGGUGAUCUGAAGCUAUUUCAGCUCAUCUGUUGGAUAUCACAUCCAUGGAUCUCCGGAAUAUUUUAUUGGUGCAAAUAUGAUCGAUUUGCUUCUCUGUGGUGUGGUCCGGUGAGCCAUAUGUAGCUUUGUGUAUGCGUUUAUGAGGGAAUAUUGUGCUGUCUAUAACCAAUUUGCCCCCAAAUGCCCUGGUACGGCCGAGAGUGGGGAGAGUUCGCUCUCCCUCUCGAAAUGCUCUCACAUGGCCACGCGUAUAUAGUCUAUGUCAGGGAAGUCCUACUCACUGCCUCCUCGUGGCAUUACUGUUGUUUACGAAAAUGAGAGGACGAAAAGCGAAUUUCCGGCACCGGCUUUAAUCGGAUCCCAAACCAAUGGUGCACAUGGGCUGGCUCCAGUAUCCUGCUUGAGGGAACAAAUGGCGUACGAACCAAUCGUUGGUCAUCGGCUACCAUGGAACUGCAUCCCCUUACUUUGGCAUUUAGAUCCCCCAUCAAAAUGGUCAGGUCGUUUCCUGAACACUUCACUAUGAUUGAUUGCAGCCUCUUGUAGAACUGAUCUUUAUCGUCGUCAUUACUAUCAUUGGUGGGUGCAUUACAUUAGAUAAAUUUCAUUGUAAUUCCCUCCUUUGUUUUGAAGGAUGCUUUGAUGUUCCAGGAUCCAUGAGAUUGCCAUCCUAUAAGUGCAUUACGUGCUUGUUCGGACAGUAUAAGAGCAACUCCAUGAGUAUGUGAAGCAUUUUUCUUGUUUCCGAAUCUAAUGUUUUUUGUCCAGUUUGGUUCCAAUGGUUUUCACUGAUUCGAGAACCGCCAUCUUAUAUCUCCUCAUUUCUUUUGUUGUUUAAUUGAUCCUUACGGUCUCCCACAUUGUCCGGAUGUUCUUUGUACUUGUAUUGAUUGUUGCUCUGGUUGUUAGAAGGGAUAUCGGCCUCAUGACUUCCGACGAAUCUCAGCUAUCAUCAUGAGGCGUGAUAAUUCUUUUGAAUGAAGAUGCUUGAACUCACUGGACAGAGUUUAAAUUGUUUAUUCUGGUUAACAUUUGUUUUUAGCAAGGUUGUUUUCUACGUAUGGGAUUGCUGACCCCACACCCAACCCUCUUCGUUUGUGUUGACUUGGGACUAGCAGUAGCCCUAGAAGAGGUACAGGCGGAGUUAUAGUUUCCACACUUGACAUCUAAUUCUUCUGGGACUGUUGUUUUGUUUUAAGGUAAUUGGACUCCGACCAAUAUCAUGGACUCUAAUGUAUGCAUGAUUGACGACUUUUCCGAGCUUAAGAAUCUAGUUGAGAAGUCCCAUAAUGUUAAGGCAGAUGUAUCUGAUGAAAUCAAGAACUUACUUGCUAGAAGAAGUGAAAUAGAGGACAAAUUAAAAAAGAUAAACUCUCUAAUACCUGAUUUCCAUAAGUUACAAAUAAAUGCUGAAAAUUCUUCAAAAUUGGUGGGUUGUGCUUCAAAACUUGCUCUACAGCUCAGUGGGAAAGUAGAGCAAUUAGAUUUUGUGAAAAAUCAUGUUCUUAAAUGUGUAGAUAAACUAAAUCAUAUAAUUACUGUAAGGAACAGUGCAGUUGGAGUGAAACGAUGUCUCGUUGACUCUAAAUUAGAUGAAGCCGCUGGUUACGUGUUUACUUAUCUGAAAAUGGAUAAAGACAUAAUUUCUCUUAUCUCGCGUCUAUCGGCGGAUAAUCCUGAUAAUAACCCCUUGAUAACUUUGGAUGAUAGUCGACAAAUUCUCAUGAAGAUGGCAAUUGGAAAAUUCGAUGAAUAUGUUUUAAAACGGGAUGAAAAGAAUAUAGUGCAUUUAUUAAAGAUAUUUUUUUUAUUGGGUAAAAUCAAUGAAGGAAUUCAACGAUUUUCUAUAUAUCUUUGUUCAUAUAUUACAAAUAAAUGUGAAAUAUUAAUCACUACUUAUAAAACAUCUUUACAAUCAUCUGAAUUUCUAUCGGCUAAUUUAAUCAUAGAAAUUCUAGAGUUUGUUGCAGAUACAUUAAAAAAUAAUUCAGUGUAUGUGGAAACAUACUGUGGCCCAGGCAAUAUAUUUGCACUUGUCUCUUCUGUACACUGUGUUGUUGACCAAUACGUCAAGUGUGUAAUCGAUCGUUUCUAUGCAUAUCAUCAUCUUGAUGAACUUUGUUCAAUACUUAAGAAAUCAAAUAGUAAUAGUUUAAACAAUAAAAGGUAUGAUUCAUCAACUCAGUCGAUCAAUAGAGAUAAAAUAUUGGAUUCAAACGAAUUAGGAUCAGAUCGUGUAUUGGUCAUUGAGCCUAUAAUUGUUGAAACGUUACAAAUCAUUACAUGUUCAGAACUUUAUUUGAAAUUUAUACAAAGGCGAAUUUCUGCUGAUAUCAAACAGUGCAAUCUCGCAGAAAAUGAUUUUCAAAAAAAAAGUAAUGAAAUUUCAAAGUUUUUUGAAAAUUCUCAGCUUGUUUGUCAAGUACAAGAUUUACUUAACAAAUAUCUUAAUUUAGAACAAUAUUAUCUCCGUGUGACAAUGAUAAAAGCAUUAAGUUCAGAUGAAGUGGAUAAAUCUAGUAAUAUAUGGUGUUUGAUUGAUGAUGUGUUUUUCAUCACCAAAAAAAGUCUUGUUCGAUCUCUUUCAUCUGGUAAUGUGGAUACUAUUUGUGCUAUGGUGAAUCAUAGUUGUUCAAUGCUAAUUGAUCUUAUGGUAAAUGAUUUUCUGGGAAAUAUUAUUCGUACAGGUUUUCCUUCCGGUUGGGUACAAGAUGCAUACAGUUAUGUUCAGAGUAGUGUUGCUGUGGCUGGUUCACUUAGUUCUUCUUCAUCUAUUGUUAAUGUUCCAACAGUAUCAUCAUUUAAUAUGGUUGGACCUAAUGCACUUACAAGAUAUCAUUUUCUAGUUACUCUUAAUAGUAUUGAAGCAUCACAAAAGGAUUUACUGUCUCUUGUUAGUCAUCUUGAAAAUGAAUUAAAUUUACUUUAUCAAAAUCAAGAAAUCAAUUCACAGAAACUUAAUAUGUGUAUCACAGAAUUAAAAGUUUCUAUCUCAGAUCAACUUCAAGCAUUACUUGAUUCUGCUUUUGAGCAUCUUUCAACUAGUGUUAUUCAAAGUCAAGUAAAAAGUUUGUUAAAUGUUUUCAAGUCACUGAAAUAUGAUUUACUUGAGGAGGAUUUAGAUGUUUUCGCUGCUAAUGAUCGAUGGAUUGAAUCAUGUAUAGGUCAUAUAGAAGAUUUUCUCAAACCAUUUAGGUCUGUUCUAUCCACUGAAAAUAACGAUCGAUUUGUAUUAAUCUUGAUAAAUGAAAUUUUACAUCAACUUGAUCAAUUUAUUCAAAGAAAAUCAUUCAAUAGAUUUGGAGCUAUUCAAUUAGAAAAAGAAUAUCGUAAUUUGUUUGCCUAUUUAACAUCAAUAUCAUACAGUUCAUUGCGUGACUAUUUCACUCGUAGUUUACAAAUCUGUAGACUUUUAAAUUUGGAUCGAGUUGAAGAAGUCCAUUAUUAUUGGAAUAGUUCUAAUUGGCGUCUUACUGCACAUGAAGUCAGAAGUAUUCUAUCUUUAAGACGUGAUUUUGCUGUAAAUGAAAUUCGAGCACUUAAACUACAGUGAUCUUAUGGUGUCAGUUGUUCUUCUUCUUUUUCUUUUUUUUGUUCUUUUUUUUCCAAAUGUAAUAUAUUGUUUUUUUUGUUUGUUUUUGUUUGUUUUUUUUUUUUUAAUUUUUUACAAUAUAAUAAAAUAAAUUGUAUGGGAUAUCGC